AUGCUCGUUGUCAGCGACCUCGACGAGCCCUUCCUGCCCGUGCCCACCGAUCUGCUCGUGCCCCUGACCGAGAGCCGCCAGAGCAUCGAGAACUUCCUGACGAAGCUCCCUGAGAUGUUCCAGAACAACCAGAACAAUGGGUCUGCCCUGGGACCCGCCCUCAAAGCCGGCCACAAGCUCAUCUCUGCUCUGGGUGGUAAGAUUGUCGUGCUCACUGCGUCGCUUCCCAACCUCGGCGUCGGCAAGCUCGAGAUGCGCGAGGACAAGAAGGUUCUGGGCACGAGCAAGGAGAACGCGCUCCUGCAAACGUCCAACAGCUUCUACAAGAGCUUCGCCGUCGAGUGCUCGAAGAACCAGGUCUCGAUCGACAUGUUCCUCUUCUCCUCCCAGUACCAGGACGUCGCAUCCCUCAGCAACCUGCCUCGCUACACUGGUGGCCAGACGUGGUUUUACCCCGGCUGGAACGCCGGCCGUCCCGAGGAUGCCAUCAAGUUUGCCUCGGAGCUCAGCGACCACCUCUCGUCCGAAAUUGGCCUCGAGGCCGUGCUGCGUGUGCGUGCGACUACGGGUCUGCGCAUGAACGCUUUCUACGGCAACUUCUUCAACCGCAGCUCUGACCUGUGUGCCUUCCCGGCCUUCCCUCGUGAUCAGUGCUACGUCGUCGAGGUCGCCAUUGACGAGAACCUGACAAAGAACGUCAUCUGCCUCCAGACUGCCGUGCUGCACACGACGUGCAACGGCGAGCGCCGCAUCCGUGUCAUGACGCUGGCGCUGCCGACGACCACGAACCUGGCCGACGUCUACGCCUCUGCCGAUCAGCAGGCCAUCGCCACCUACUUCAGCCACAAGGCCGUCGAGCGCGCGCUCAGCGGCGGUCUCGAGGCGGCCCGCGACUCCCUGCAGCACAAGCUGAUUGAGCUUCUGCAGACGUUCAGGAAGGAGCUUGCCGGCGGCAGCAUGGCGGCGGCCUCCAGUUCCCUUCGAACCUACGCGGCCUGCCCAUACUGUUCCUCGGUCUCAUGA